AUGGACCGAGAUCGUAGACUCACUGGCGAUUUACGUGGACAAAUCGGCAAUCAUGAGGCGCCUCCAGGCUUCGAGCUGAAUCACCCUUGGAGAGUAGGUUUGUACCUGUGGGAAAUGACUGAGCAUGGGCUAACCAUAUCGUAA